AUGGCAAACCCUGAAUUUUCGCAAUUUGUCCUGAAAAUGUCGAGUGGAUCUAGCAGUCGAACCACAAUUCUUCAUCCUCACAUAUUAGACUCUGAAGUGCGUCAGAAAACUCAUUUUCAAGAGGACAAGGAAGUAGCAUACGUUGGAUUUGUGAACGCUGCAGAAGAAAGUAGUGCUAUUUUCUCUCGAGAAAAAUUUUCUGAGAACCUAGCUAGCAUGACACACCAAAGCUAUAGAUCGAGUUUAGGUGUGGAUAUGAUUGGCUUGAACCAUGAGACUCCUAAUUCAUUGUCCGAUCAGAUACAACGUCACCAUUAUGCUAUACUUUGUUUCUCGUCCAUGUAUUUCCUUGAGAAGUCUAAAAAAGGUGACAGCCAUUUUAGGAACUCAACUGCAUCAGAACCCAACAAGAAGAUCCGAAAUCCACAAGAUAAGUAUAGUUGCGUCGAUUGGUGCAAAGAUUAG